AUGAGUUUUAACCCGGUGACACCUGUUCCUCAAGUUAAGGGAGCAGAUUUAGAGAAUAAUAAAUUAGAUUCGUUUCGUAGCUUUGUAGCAUCAAUAGUUGCUGAGUUUUCUGGGAUAUCAGCUGAUAAUAUUUUAGCAAUAUUAGAAGUCCCGAGAAAUCCUGAACAUGGGGAUAUUGCCAUUGCAGUUCCUAGAUUGCGUGUACAAGGAAAUCCAGCACAAAUAGCCCAACAAUGGGUAGAAAAGUUUUCUCCUAAUGAAUAUAUUACUUCAUGUACUGCAACAGGACAUUACUUAAAUUUUAAGAUCAAUAAAUUACUCCUUGCUAAUAUUCUUCUUGAUGAUAUAUAUAAACGAAAAGAAAAGUAUGGAACAAAUCAGUCAGGAGCUGGUAAAAAAGCUCUUGUAGAAUUUAGUAGUCCAAACAUCGCGAAACCAUUUCAUGCCGGUCAUUUGCGUAGUACUAUUAUCGGCAACUUUGUUAAAAAUGUACAUGAUGCAAAUGGCUGGGAAACAAUUGGUUUAAAUUAUCUUGGAGACUGGGGUAAACAAUAUGGUCUUUUGGCUGUUGGGUUUGAAAAAUAUGGAUCUGAGGAAGAUUUACUUAAUAAUCCUAUUAAGCAUUUAUAUGAUGUAUAUGUGAAAAUUAAUGAAGAUGCUGAUAAGAAUGAAACAAUAAAUGAUCAAGCUCGUGCUUAUUUUAAAAAAAUGGAAGAAGGUGACGAGGCGGCACUUUCUUUAUGGAAAAAGUUUAGAAAUCUCAGCAUUGAAAAAUAUAAGGAUACAUAUGCCCGCCUCAAUAUUAAUUUUGAUAUUUAUUCUGGCGAAUCUCAAGUGAGCAAUGAAAGCAUUAAUCGUGCUUUGGAGAUAUUAAAAGAGAAAAAAAUGUUACAAGAAUCAGAUGGUGCAUUAAUUAUUGAUUUGAAUCAGUAUAAACUGGAUGUUGCCGUUGUACAAAAGAAGGAUGGUACUACAUUAUAUAUUACUAGAGAUAUUGGAGCUGCUAUAGAAAGAUAUGAAAAAUAUAAGUUUGAUGCAAUGUAUUAUCUUGUUGCUUCACAACAAGAUUUACAUUUAAAGCAGCUUUUUAAGAUAUUAGAAUUAAUGGGCAUUGAGUGGGUAGGACGAUGUAAACAUAUUAAUUUUGGUAUGGUUAGUGGGAUGAGCACUCGUAAAGGAACUGCAGUUUUUUUGGAUGACAUUUUAGAACAAACUAAGGAGUCUAUGCAUGAAGUAAUGAAGCAGAACGAAAAAAAGUAUUCACAAGUUGAGAAUCCUGAUAAAGUAGCGGAUAUAAUUGGUAUUUCUGCGGUAAUGAUUCAGGAUAUGGCCGCUAAAAGAAUUCGUAAUUAUGCAUUUAAUUGGAAUCGAAUGUUUUCCUUUGAAGGGGACACUGGGCCGUAUCUUCAAUAUGCUCACGCUCGUCUUUGUUCAAUAGAGCGAAACUGCGGAUUUGGAAUUAAUCCUAAUAUUGAUAUUAGUCUUCUUUCAGAAAAAUCGGCAUUAGAUCUUAUCGACAUGGUUGCACAAUAUCCUGAUUUUGUCAAAGGUGCAUUGAAUACUUUAGAACCUUGUACGAUUGUAACAUAUGCAAUGAAGUUAAGUCAUACCAUAUCUGUUGCUUUAGAGACUUUAUGGGUCGUUGGACAAAAAGAACAUAAAGUAGCAGAGGCUAGACUAUUAAUGUACUGGGCUAGUCGGAUAACGCUCGGGAAUGCCCUUAAGUUAUUAGGGUUAAAACCAUUAGAGAGAAUGUGA